AUGAAGGUCUGUCUGAUCGGUGCCUCUGGUGGUAUUGGGAGACCAUUGGCUCUUCUGCUGAAGAUGAAUCCUGAAAUCGAUGAGGUUGCCCUAUAUGAUGUGCCUGGUGCGCGGUUCCCUAUUCCUGGUGUAGUAGCCGAUCUCUCGCAUAUCAACACUCAUGCUAAGGUUACGGGUUACCAAGGGCUGGAUGAAAUCGGCGACUGUGUCGAGGGUGCUGAUAUGAUUAUCGUCACUGCUGGUAUCGCUCAGAAACCGGGAAUGACGAGGGACGAUCUCUUCAACGUAAACGCUAGGAUAAUGAGGGACUUAUCCUUCAAGUUCGCGAAAUAUGCUCCUACUGCUCUGGUGUGCAUCAUGUCAAACCCCGAGACAGCUCUAGUGCCCAUCACGUGUGAGGUCUACAAGCAAGUCGGUGUCUUCAACAAGGGGAAAAUCAUGGGCCUGAUGAGUCUUGACGUGACGCGUGCAAGGACCUUCUAUGCUGAGGCCACCAAUCAAGAGGUCGAAAAGGUUGAUGUGCCUGUCAUUGGAGGGCAUGGUGGUUGUGCGAUUCUACCCGUCUUCUCUCACGCCACACCUUAUGUUCAACUCGACGAGGCUACCAUUGCCAAACUCGAUGAUCAUGUCCAGAACGCUGUAACUGAGGUCGUUGAUGCUCUCGCUGGGGCCGGCUCAGCUACGCUCUCGAUGGCCUAUGCUGCCAACAGAUUCGCUCAUAUCCUUAUUCAAGGCAUGAAGGGUAAACCAGCGAAGGCCGCUGCUUAUAUCAACGAGCCGUACGAAGGUAUUGAUUACUUUGCCCACUACUGCGACUUUGGCCCCGAAGGUGUGUCCAAGAUCCACAAGCUGGAUCUCUCUCCUUUCGAAAAGUCGAGACUUCCCGAGACCAUUGAUAAACUUCGUCAUGAUAUACAUAGGGGCUUGGAGUUCAUGAGAAGACCGUCGCAGAUUAUCUUACAGUAG